GUCACUGAUCUGCAUUGUGUUAAUCUCCGAGUAAUGAACCGUUCCUCCGCACAUUUUGGAAAGCCACCGUUUCACAUUACUAGUUACGUAUGCUCUUCAUUCGUAUUAUCGUAACUUCGCUGAAAGGGUAGAAAACUGCUGAAAGGUAAAACGUUUUACAAAUGUGGAUUGAAUGCCAUAGUAAAUUAUAUAUGGUCAAUGUUAUCAUCUCUCUCACGCACGCACACAGAGAGACAACUUUGCCCUAUGCGUCUCUAUCUGAUUCAUCGUCAUAUGUCACUCGCGGCAAAGUCCAUCCCAAAGAAAUUGGUGAGUCAGACACGCAGAAAUUGAGAGGCCACAGCACUGACACAACAACAGGAGGAAAAACAAAAAAAUUAAAAGUGGGAUAUGGAGAAGUGGGAUACGUCAUCGCUAAUAAACUGAAGUGUGGUGUGCGUUCUGAAGCAAAAAUAGUCGCCGUGCAUCACUGAGGUUGGUGCUACACAUUGAUGGUGGAUGAGGCCACCAGUUGGGGAACCCUGGCCUAGGGCGUUGGCAAAAAGAUCUGUGACCAAGCGGGUGUGGUCGUCGGCUCCUGCCCAUCAGAGACCGUUCAGGGUGUGUUCCCAUGACAGGGGCACCAGGAAGGGCAUCACAGCAGGAACCCUGGAGGAGCUGAGAGAGAAGGUGUGCCAGGCUUUGAUGCUGUGUUUGUCCAGUCUGGCUGUGGUGCUGGUGUGUGAGGAGGAUGGGACAGUGGUGGACUCUGAAGACUUCCUGAUGUCUCUGCCAGACAACACAGUCCUCAUGGCCCUGGAACCUGGACAGACAUGGAAAACCCCUCCGGGUACAACGCUCUCUAAAGCCCAAGUCCCCAACCAGCUGCGGACAGGAAAGGAUAUAGCCUGCGUGACCUUUGACCUGUACCGGCAGAACCCCAAGGAUGUGUUUGGCUCCCUGAACGUAAAGGGCACCUUCUCAGGCCGGUACUCCGUCAGCGCCGACUUCAAAUGUCUGGGGCCCAAGAAAGUCCUCAGAGAGGCCCUCCGCGUGGCCUCCACCUUCCUCCAGGCGGCAGGUCACAUGUUGAUCACCUCAGCUAAUCUGAUCAAGCGGCUCAUCGAGGGAGCAGAGUUCUGGCAGCCCCAGAGGACGGAGGUUGCAGAGUACUGGAACUGAGACAAUUGAGGCUGUAAUUAAGUAAUUAAUUUCAGGCAAGAAUUGAGUCUAUGUACAGGUCCAACCUUAACAUGAGCUCAAGUUAGGACAUGGCCCUGUAAAGUAUUGCUCUAGGAUCAAUAAAGAAUAGAAGAGAUCCAAUGUUUAUUAAAGCUGAACACAACAACCACACUUGUAGUAAUACCAAUUGCUGCAGCGAAACAAUCCUAUUUGUCUGUUGAAUUUUAAAUACUGUACCGUGUGUAUGAUUGUGUUAUGCAAGGUUGUGAUGAAGCUAUGUACAGAAAGACAAUUACUCAAAUGGGUGUGUUGUAAAAUAGGAUGUAUCUAUUUCUAUAAAUCUUGGGAAUUUCCCAUGAAAGUAAGGAAUUUACUUUAAAAAAGGCAUACAUUUUUUACUUUCUUUGUAGUGUCUAAACACUGUCUCAUCUUGUGUUCAGUAAAUGCUUUGUUGUUACAUUCA